AUGAUCUCCACCCCCGAGGAGGCCAAGGAGUUGUCGGAGAAGAUGUUGGGCCACAAAUUGAUCACCAAACAGACCGGUGAGGCCGGAAAAGAGGUGACCGCCGUGUACAUUGUCGAAAGAAAAGACGCCAAAACCGAGGCUUACUUGGCCAUUUUGAUGGACAGAGCCACUCAAUUGCCAAUGAUUGUGGCGUCGUCCCAGGGAGGUAUGGACAUCGAGGGUGUUGCUGCCAAAGAUCCCGAUGCCAUCAAGACUUUCCCCAUCCAAUUGGACGAGGGUGUUACCGACUCCAAGGCCACCGAAAUCGCGUCCGUUCUCGGAUUUUCUCAAGAAGCUGUGCCCGAGGCCGCUCUGACCAUCCAGAAACUCUACAAGGUGUUUAUGGAGCGCGACUGUACCCAGGUGGAAAUUAACCCAUUGUCCGAAAUUACCGACGGCUCGGUGAUGGCCAUGGAUGCCAAGUUGGGUUUCGACGACAACGCUUCUUUCCGUCAAAAGGAGGUGUUUUCAUGGAGAGACCCCACCCAGGAGGAUCCUGAAGAAGUGGAGGCUGCAGAAUAUGGUCUUAACUUUAUCAAAUUAGAUGGUAACAUCGCCAACAUCGUUAACGGUGCCGGAUUGGCCAUGGCCACUAUGGACAUCAUCAAGUUGAACGGAGGAGAACCAGCCAACUUCUUGGACUGUGGUGGUACUGCCACCCCAGAAACCAUUGAAAAGGCUUUCGAGUUGAUCUUGUCGGACAAGAAAGUCAAUGGUAUUUUCGUCAAUAUUUUUGGAGGUAUUGUUAGAUGCGACUAUGUCGCCAAGGGUUUGAUUGCAGCCACCAAGAACUUCCAAUUGGACAUCCCUGUGGUGGUCAGAUUGCAAGGUACUAAUAUGAAGGAAGCCAAGGAGUUGAUCAACAACUCGGGAUUGAAGUUGUACCCAUUCGAAGACUUGGACCCCGCUGCCGAAAAGAUUGUGUCGUUGGCCCCUGCUAGUUAG